AAUGGGUCUUGAAGGUCAUCCUCCAUUUUUUUUUGAAAAGUUGAUCGGCGAAAACCAUGCCGAGAAGUGGCGAUUUACCACCUCCUCCCGAGAAUCCCCCUACAUAUGAGAAGGUUUAUAACAAAAUAUGGAGUAUAAUUGAUACACCAAUUACUACAUUUAGAGAAAAGAUUGUAGAGCCACUUCAAGCCAAAAAUAACUACCCAUAUUAUCAUAGACAGUACCGUAGGGUGCCAACUAUAGACCAAUGUGGUACGACUGAUGCUGUUUGCCAAUAUGAGGCUGAAUUACAGUAUAAGAGAGACAAAGAGGUUGAUUCCCAGAUUCUACAGAUCCUCCGUCAACGUAGAGUAGAGUGCAUGGUAUGGUAUGGAGAAGACAGUAAGGAGAAAUGUAAGAGUAUAGCCGAUGAUUAUGAUGAAGCAGCCAAGAACUGGUUCAUUAAAUAUGGCGACAUGGGGGCUUGUCACAAGGUGAAGGAUGCCUACAUGAAACAGAAACAUCGCUUGAUUUAUGAGAGAAGACACCCUGAUUGGGCGGAACGUCAAGGACUUCCGGCUAAAGGGCGGCCCCCAAUGGAGGUUGAGGCCAUGGAAUAGUGUCAUGACCAUCAUUGACUGUAUGUAUUUAGAUAAGGACUUUUGCAGACUAGACUAGGUGGACCAUCAGGGAUUUUUGGACAUUACUUUCACACCAAAAUAUGUAUUUAUUCAAAGGACUCAGAUUUUGCAUGCUUUAGGCUGGAUUGACAAGACCUUUACCAAAUGUGUAUCGUCAAAAGUCAAUGUGAAGCAGGAAAUGGAAAUUGAAUGUUCAACAAAAACACCUAUUGCCAAUUUGAAGCGUGAUUAUAGUUAUACUGCCAUUAAAUAUGUAAUGUACACAAUAUGGGAUACAAUUAAUUGGAUUGUAUUCACAAUAAAGUGUUGUUUGUUUUAUGAAA